AUGCUCAGCACGAUGAACUUGUCGACGGCAUCGGCUGAUGAACUGGAACUUGCUUGCAUGAUGAGCAUCACUGUGGAGACCUGCUUCGCGUACUCCCACUGUUGCGACCGGCUCGAUGACCUGCUCCAUUUGCCCUCCGGCAACGGCAACAAGACAGACUUCAAUUCUAUCUGCAGCGGCGUUGGCUUUUGGCGGCCGUCCAUUUGCGAGGCCGUUCAUCCACCUCCGCACGAACACGACGACCACGACGACAAAGAAGACGGGAGAGACGAGGACAUGUGCAACCACACAGGCAUGGAGGCCUGCAACACCAGCAUCCAGAUGCUGAGCCAGUUCGUCAUGAACAGCACACGGAACGGAACCCACAACAUGAGCGAGGAUGACGCAGCGAGGGUCUGCGCAAUGGCCAGUGGAGUUGAGAUGUGUAUCCACAACAUGAGCUGCUGCAGAGACGCGGAAUAUUACUUGCCAAAAUCGCUGAUUGACAUGGAUGUUGAGCACACUUGCCGCCUUGGUGGCAUGAAUGCCACGCACUACUGCUCCGAGGGUGACGACGAUCACUCGCACUCGCACUGCGACAGAUCCGCCUUCGACAUGUGCAGAGCCGCGGUGGACGAGCUCACAGACCUCGUCAACCGAAGUCGGUUGAUUUCACACUUACACAAGCCGAACACCACCCACAACACCAGCGGGACGGAACAUCACAUGCACAACAUGACGGGACACAUGAUGAAUAUGACCGUCCUGCACAACAUGUCCAUCGACGAGUUGGGCGAGAUAUGCUUAAUGGGCAUCGGCAUCGAGUCAUGCCUUCUGAACACUACGUGCUGCGAAGACGCGGAGACAAUUCUUCCAGCCUCGUUGAUGGGCGUGGAUUUGUGGGUUGUCUGUGAGCAUGCGGGCUACAGAUAUGCCCCAAUUUGCCGACGUGGCGAGGAGCACAUGCACUGCGAGCACAGGGCUCUGGAUGCUUGCCGCGAAGUGGGGCACAAGAUGGAAGAAGAGCUGCAUUUCUUGGAAUCUGAUCCUGACCGUGUCUGUCGUUUGGGCAACGAGUUCACUGAUUGUAUCCGAAGCGCAGGAUGCUGUGACGACCAGGAGGCCGAGCACAUCGUUCCGGAGGAUGUGAUGACCCGGCUGUUGCCCACCUGCGCGGCGAGAGGAUAUGUCUAUGUUUGCGACGACCGUCCGCCACACGAGGGUGAAUGUGACAAGAUGGCGAAGUUCCAUUGCGAUAUGGCGCGUCUGAACAUGACCAUGGGCCUGGGCCUCUUCUCCGACGAUGAAUCUAUCGUGCCCGACUUUCUGCAAAAGUCAUGCGAGGUUUCACAGAUGACGACGCUUUGCUAUGAAAGGGCCCACUGCUGCGGAGAGCGCGAGAUGGAGGAUCUGGGAUCGAUAAGUUCUAUGUGCGAAACUAUGGGCAUGCACUUCUCCUGCAUGAAGGACGACGGCGGCCACCAUGGGCAGUGUGCUAUGACGGACGCCCUGGCUUGCAGCCUGCAGCUACCUCCUGAUGCCAGCGGCAGCGCGAGCGUUAUGACGGAAGAGAUGUGUCAGGCCGUCACCGGGUACUACUCUUGCCUGGAGCGAACUCAGUGCUGUGAGCAGUUUGGCUGGCCUCCUAUGGAAGCUGGAGAGAUGGAGGAUGCCGUGAAAGUGUGUGAGAAUUUCGGCUUCCACGUGCCACACUGCGAGCAGGUGAGCCACUGCCCUUGCGAGUCGGGCAAGCUGGGUAACAAGAUCUGCGACUGGGAGUGCAACACUCCGGCGUGUGGUUACGACAACGGCGACUGUACAAGCACAGGCCCUGGUGGCGAUGAUGGUCUUGUGUGGCAGGAUUUUGUUUCGAUCCAUUGCGGAGAUGCAUGCAGGGUGGAAACAUGGCCCAUGAUGACUUCUUGCAUUCCAUUCCUCCAUGAUUGCGCGCAUUAUGCGAAAUCGUUCGGGGCAUUCGCUUUCACCACGGAGAUGAAUGGGCCGCACUGUGCGCCAGGCGAUAUGCAAUGCAGCAUCUACACGGACAGCUUCGGCUUUGAGUCGUCCUGA